AUGGCUCUCAACAAUUACAAGGACAUCACUCUGACCGUUGACGGUCGCAUUGGAACCAUCACCCUGAACAGACCAAAGGCGUUGAACUCAUUCAGCCCCCUUAUGUUCAAGGAGCUCGUUGACGCUCUCCGCUUCCUGGAGGCUCACGAGGAAACUGUCUUCACCGUCAUUACUGGCGAGGGUCGCUUCUUUUCGGCUGGCGUGGACGUUGGAGGAAUUGCGAACGAAACCGCCCUACCAAAGGAAGGCUUGGAACUGAAAAUGGAACGAAUCGCUGGAGGUUCUCUUACCAUUGAAAUGAUGAGACUCAUGAUUGAUCACACAAAAGUACUCGUUAUUGCCUACAACGGUCCAGCAGUAGGCGGUGGGGCCGCUUGGUUCCCUGCUAUGGCAGAUAUUGUCCUUGUGUCUGACUCAUGCUGGCUUCAAAUUCCCUUCUCUGCUCUUGGUCUCGUCCCGGAACUUGGAAGUGUCACUUUCAGAGAACAUAUGGGUGUUAGGAGAACAACUGAAUUCUUGAUGUUUGGUCGCAAGUUGAGCGCCCAAGAAUUAGAGGGCUUUGGAAUUGCCAAUCAAAUAUUCCCAACUGCCGGAUUCCACCAACGAGUAAACGAUUACUUGAAGGAGCAGCUUGAAGUAAACGACUCCAAGUCAAUGAUGGAGACGAAGAGGUUGAUUGUGGAACCACUCCGUGAAAGACGCAUGUUGGCCGUAUUCAGGGCUUCGGAUGCUCUUGCCGAGAUGUUUGUUGAAAAAAGACCUGCAAAGAGGUUUGCCAUGAAGCAAGCUGAACUUGAGGCUAAGCGAAAAGCAAAGCAAGCUGGAGCUAGUACCACUGGAGCAUCUCUCUCUGCCAAGUCCAAGUUGUAA